UAUAUUGUCUAACCAAUUACAAACAAAAUGUGAUAAGUAUUAUUUAAUUUUACUAUCGAAACUCGUAUCUUCCUUCCUCUCCAUCCUUUUUCAUCUUACCUUUGAAUCUAUUCAUACUUGUAUAUAAAGCUUUACUUCCUCCUCUGCUACUCCUUUUCUAUCAAUAACCAAAACACAUUCAUUGUUUUAAACUCUAAACCCUACACUCCAAACAUCUGAGCUACCACCAAAAACAAAAAUGAGACCCUUUGGUUUGAUCUUUACGGUCAUGUUCUUGGUCUCAGCCUUUUCGGAAUCAAGAACCGCCGAUUGCAGAGUUCUCCUUGGUGGUUCAUGGGAGGAUAUAGGUCAAUCUAAGAAUCACGGAGUUGAUUUGCGAAGUAAAGAAUUGUUAGGGGUCGUGAUACGUGGUUAUAAAAGGCUACGAUCGAUCUCUUCAGCUGGAGAGAGGAUGCACACAAUGGCUUCAGGACCGAGCAGGAGAGGUGCUGGUCACUAAAAGACUGUUAACCCAUGCACUUACAUUAUGUCUAUAAAUCAAUAUUGCUUAGCUCAGGUUAUAGUAAAUAGUUUUCAGUUGUUAUAGGUUAUUAUAUUUAUUUAGUCGUGAAAGAUCAACGUAAAGUUUAGAGAGGAAAUAUUCUUUGAUCAUACAAUAGUUGGUUCCUUCUAAUAAAAAUCAC